AUGAGCUGCCAAGCAUUUGCUUCCUCAGACGCCUUUGUGCCCUUGAAUUCUGACUCUUCUCCCUCUCUGCCUCUGAUAAUGCAUCACAGCGCUGCAGAGUGCCUACAGGUCUCCAACCAUGCCACCAAUGUUGUGUCUACAGGGUUGCACUACUCCGUGCCCUCCUGUCACUAUGGGAAUCAACCUUCCACCUACGGGGUGAUGGCAGGCAUCAAGCCUGCAACUCCAGAGAUGCUCUCAGCAAGUCUCUCCCAGACUCGCAUCUUACAGACAUGCAGCAUGCCCCACCCCAAUGUGGUAAACGGUGUCAGCACCUUGCAAAGUGGCCUCACCCCUUGCCUGUACAAAUUCCCGGAGCACGCGCUGAGCGCCAGCUCCUGUGCCCUGGGCCACGGCUUCACCGCUGUGCCCCAGCCCCUGCUCACGGAUGACCCCGCUGCCACUGACUUCAAGCAGGAGUUCCGCAGGAAGAGCAAGUCCGUGGAGGACCCCGUGGACAUGGACUCCCCUGAAAUCAGGGAGCUGGAGAAAUUUGCCAACGAGUUCAAGCUGCGGCGAAUCAAGCUGGGUUACACACAAACCAACGUUGGAGAAGCGCUGGCUGCCGUGCACGGCUCUGAGUUCAGCCAGACGACCAUUUGCCGCUUUGAGAACUUGCAGCUGAGCUUCAAGAACGCGUGCAAACUGAAAUCCAUCCUGUCCAAGUGGCUGGAGGAAGCAGAACAAGUGGGAGCUUUGUACAAUGAAAAAGUUGGAGUGAAUGAACGGAAGAGGAAGCGCAGAACCACCAUAAGCAUCGCUGCCAAAGAAGCCCUAGAGAGGCACUUUGGAGAACAAAGUAAGCCGUCUUCUCAGGAAAUUAUGAGGAUGGCUGAGGGGCUCAAUCUUGAGAAAGAAGUCGUGAGAGUUUGGUUUUGCAACAGAAGACAAAGGGAAAAAAGAGUGAAGACCAGUUUACACCAGAACGCCUUCAGUUCUAUUAUCAAGGAGCACCAUGAAUGCCAGUGAAGCUUUUCCACGUACAGAUGUGGAUUUCUGUUUUGCUUUUUGUAGAUAUUGUAAAUACUGUGUUGUUUAAAAAAAAAAAAAAAAGAAAAGAAAAAUCACUAAACCACUCGUUCCUCCUACAAGCUGCCAGCUUCAGAUGUAGUGUGUGUGAAAGACCCAAUUUUAAUGUAAAAGGUCGGAAACUAAAUCCUGCAGUAUCUGUUUAAAGAGCUGGAGUUCUCUGCAAGGAACCCAUACAUA